AUGCGCUCUGCUUUCGCCGCUGCUCUGCUUUCACUCCCUCUAGCUGCCCUCGCCGGCGCUCACGACGCGGCUUCCUUCCGCCGGCACUCAGGUGCCGUCCGCAGUUCCCGCCGUUCCUCCACCAACUACACCCUUGUGGACAAAUAUGUGGGCGAGGACUUUUUGAAUGAAUGGCAAUUCUACGACCAGGCCGACCCGACUGGAGGCAACGUGAAUUAUGUCUCUCAGAGUGCUGCGGAGAGCGCGGGCCUCGCCUAUGUAGAUUGCAACAACGUGACCGUUCUUGCUGUUGACGACACCUCUUCGGUGGCCUCUGGAGGCAACCGCGACUCUGUUCGUAUCAGUUCUCCGAAGGCAUACAACAGCGGCCUUUUCAUUGGCGACUUUGGGGCCAUGCCCACAGGCUGCGGUGUCUGGCCUGCGUUUUGGUUGGUGAGCACUGUAGGACCAUGGCCUGCUGGAGGCGAGGUCGACAUUAUCGAGGGUGUGAACCUGGCUACACAAAAUCAGGUCACGAUACAUACGAACAACACCUGUAUGCUGACGAGCAACAGCACGGCCACCGCAAGCGUGAUCAACAAUGAUUGCCAGAGCUAUAACGGGCAUGACUCCGGUUGCGCAUACUUGCAAGAUUCGACCGAGACAUUCGGCGCUCCGUUCAAUCAGGCAGGCGGAGGCGUGUUCGCGCUGCAGUGGACGUCGAGCGCGUUCAGUUUCUUCUACUUCCCCCGCGACUCGAUCCCCGCAGACAUCACCAGCGAGACGCCCGACCCGAGCUCGUGGGGCGAGCCCACUGCUGACUUCACGGUGUCCGGCUGUGAUAUGGCGAGCAGCUUCUUCGAACAGGCGAUUGUGUUCGAUACCACGAUUUGCGGUGAUUGGGCCGGUCCGUCAUACCCAUCGACCUGCCCGGGGUCCUGUUCAUCUAUCGUCGCGAACGCGACUAACUUUGCUGACGCAAGGUGGAAGAUCAACUCGGUCAUCGUCUACCAAUAG